AUGGCGGCUCGCGUCCCCGGCCUCGUCAAGCCCGCGGCCAACAGGCACACGGCUGGCAAAAUGGGGCUCUUCUCAAGGAAGCGGAACCUGAAGAAGGAUGACCAGGAGCUGCCGCUACCUCCGGGUAAUAGCGCGGCCGGCGCCAAGAUCUUCAAGGCGAAGUGCAACACCUGCCACACGUGCAAUGAGGGUGGCCCCAACAAGCAGGGCCCCAACCUGUUCGGCGUGAUCGGCCGCCAGUGCGGCCAGGUGCAAGGGUUCAAGUACACAGGGGCCAGCAAGAACUCGGGCAUCCAGUGGUCCAACCAGACCCUCGUCGCCUACCUGGAGAACCCGAAGAAGUACAUCAAGGGCACCAAUAUGGCCUUCCCCGGCUUCAAGAAGGACCAGGACCGUGUCGAUGUCGUCGCGUACCUCAACACCAUGAAGUAA